UCCUGACGUUGAACGUACUGUUUAUGUUUAUGGUCUUUCCUGCUGUUCUUUGUCGUGUUGUGUUUUGAGAUAAUAAUAUUAAUAUUACCAGGUUAAACAACUGCAUAGUGUAAUGAAAAAUGUAUCCAUUAGUAUUUGAUGUUUGCUCGAAUUGUGGCGUAUCGAAUAAAAAUUCUACCAACUUGACUUGCGAGAGCAACCAAACUGUAGAAUGGAUAUUCAACGUUUUCCACGAGUGUGUAGAUACGCCAAAGGAAGAAGUUGGGUUUAUAUUAGGAUUAGUAUCAAUAUGUUGCUGGGUUUGUGCGUCAGUUCCGCAACUUAUUGAAAACUACCGCAAGAAGCAUGUUGAGGAAGCAAUAUCGUUUUUAUUUCUUAUGUUCUGGUUAUUUGGAGACAGCAGCAACUUGAUUGGUUGUUUACUCACUGGGCAACUUGCAAUUCAAAUUGUUACAGCAAUAUAUUAUGUUUUUAUGGACAUUGUGAUGAUAUUGCAGUAUUUGUACUACAGAUCUAAAAAUCGACGGCAGGCUAAACUAGAGAGAAAUGGCGUGAUAAAUGAUAUACUGGUCAAUGGGAAUACACGUACUAAGAACAUUGUUGUGUGUGCCUUUUUUUUAGCAGUUGUUCCUUUAUCAUUUCUGCGACGUAACUCUGAAUCUCAACUAGUUUCUGAUUUCGAACAUCAAAAAAUUGGAAGAACAUUACUUAGCACCGGUGAUGUAGAGCAUGGUGGGCCCUUGCUACCCACGGACACAGAAGAUGUGAUAGGUUAUGCUAUUGGAUGUAUUUCAUCUCUGUUCUAUCUUGCAUCACGAUUACCUCAAAUAAGAAAAAAUUUUAAAAGGAAGCAGACUGAUGGAGUGUCAAUUCAUCUAUUUAUAUUAGCAGUUGCUGGAAAUGCGCUUUAUGGGACUUCAAUAUUACUGCAAGAUCCAGAUCCUGGUAAAACUUAUACUCAAUUUAUUUUGCUUCACCUACCAUGGUUGAUUGGAUCACUGGGAACAAUGUCACUGGAUUUCACUCUGCUCAUGCAAAUACUUCAUUAUAAUCCACCUUGCAAGAAUCGUGGAUUAAAUGACAACAACAGAACUGAAGAUGAUGAAGACCCUUUGUUGGCUUAAUAUAAUAGUGACAAUUGCCAGCUUCAGAUUAGACCAGCGUGAUUUGGAAUCCAAAGAAUGUGGCAUCAAACAGCAGCUGUUUUAGUUUUAAAUCAAUGAUCAAAAAUAAGUUUUAUUUUGCCCAUGCCAAAAAUAGUGGUUUUUGAUUUGAUAUUUUAUAGCAAUUUUCUAAAUAUUGUAUAACGUAAAAUGCACUUGAGGAAACAUAUUUUUACCUCAAACAUUCUGUUCGUCUGUCUUUUCUUUUUAGGUAUGGGAAUCUUAUAGUCCAAAGGUCCGAUUGUUACAUUGAAAGCCCGAAAGAUUUUACAUGGACCGACUAAGACCCUGUUUCUGAAUAUGUUUCUUUCAUAUUAUGAGUUUUAUUGUUGUUAUUUUUGCUGCUAUUGUCAUGUUAGCAUUUUUAUCAUCAUUCGCACUAUCUAUGUCUGGUUCCGAAUUUUGUUUUAAAAACUUCGUACUUGUCUGUGGGAAAGGGGAUAUGUGCCUGACAUAUUUUAUAUUUCGAUUUAGUUUUUAUGUAGUUUAUUGAAAUGUCUAUUGUGUUGUUUAGACAUGUUUUCAUAUUUUGAAUGAAUUGAUUAGACUUGCUGCUUUAGUAUUUGCACUGUUCAUUAUUUAAUAUAGAUACACAUUGCUACCAGAUUUUUCAAAUGUUAUUGAAUCCAUUUCUUGCCAAUAUAAUAAAUUGUAUAAUGAACGUCUUCAAUUUUUAUUCGAAAUAAAUUCACCAAAGCCCUCAAUUUGUUUGCAAAUAAUAAUUUCUGAAUAGUUGAUAUGAACAUGUUUAAAUGUUUAAUUGAUUUGUUUUUGUUUUCUUUAAUAGUAUUAUCCAUUAAAUAAAAUCUCAAUCCACAUCACGAUAUUAAAUUACUGGUACCUGGACACCUUUCAUCAUCAUAUAUAUUCCACAGCAUUUGUUAUGUUUUAUGGACGCACUAUUCUGAAUCUGAUUGAAGUAAUAAAUUGAAUAAGGUUGAAUGUUCCUGCAACAGUAUAAAAAUUAGUGUAUUAUAGGCACUUUUAUUAACCUUUUACCCAUGAUUCUUAUUUCUAAUUUUAUUUUAAUAUUGUUACUCUUACAUUUUUCAGAUUAUGUGCCUUUUAAUGUAUAAUAUUUCAUAUUUUACCAGCUGUUUAGAGUUGUUUGCUCUAUUAAGAAUUGUUUCUCUGUUUAGUUACUUUUUUCGAUGGAAUUUGUCUUUCGAGAUCUAUGACUCAUCUCUCAUUGCAAUUUACAUGACAAGUUUUUGAAUUGGGUUUUCAGUUAUUUUUUUUUUUUCAUAAUUCUUGAAUAUUUCCUGGACGAGAUGGCAAUUUUCUCAGGUUCAAUGUGAGGCAAAGGGCAUACGUUGGUAUUUUAUAUUGGGUUUCUAUUUAAUUAUUUAAUUCAAGUAUUAUUUUGUGUUUUUUAUUUUUCUGAUGUCUUUUUACAAUAACUAAGAGAGCUUGCAUGAAUAUUGUGCAUUUUCCUUAUUUAACAAUAAAACAGUAGCCAAUUGCAAUUG